AUGCUGUCCGCCGCCAUUCAGAUCUUGGCGUUUGCCCUGGCGCUCCUGGGCGUCCUCGGCACCACCGUAGCCACUCUUCUACCCAACUGGAAGGUGAGCAUCAACGCCUGGUCCAGCAUCAUGACCCCCAUCUCGCAGAUGCAGGGGCUGUGGAUGGACUGCGUCUGGUACAGCUCCGGCGUCUUCAGCUGCACCAUGAAGAACUCGGUGCUGUCGCUGCCAGCAUAUUUGCAGACCACACGGGCCGCCAUGGUUCUGUCCUGCAUACUGGCAUCUUUUGGACUCUGCCUCGCCUCCCUGGGGCUUAAAUGUACCCGCUGGGGGGGCAGCCGCCGAGCGAAGGGGCACACGGCCAUCGCUGCAGGGGGCUGCUUCAUCCUGGCCAGCUUUCUCUGUCUGGUCCCCGCAUCCUGGUUCACCAACGAAGUCAUCACCGCCUUCCUGACCACAGACCUGCCAGACAGCAGUAAAUAUCAGCCUGGAGGAGCGCUGUGCGUGACGUUCAUCUCCGCCGGCUUCCUCCUGGCUGGAGGGGUAAUUUUUUGUUUUUCGUGUCCCGGAAAGAGAACAGGACGACCGGACAACGGUUCCUCCGCUGACCCUGACAGACUUCUAAUGUACCUAGAUGAGCAGCGGAGGCAGCAGCUGCAGACGGAGCUCGUACAGCUGAAAAACAGGCAAAAGACGGUUCAGCUGCAGAUGGACAAAGUGAAGCUUGAGAAACCUCCUCAGGAGAAACCUGAACAGAAUCAGGAGCAGAGACUCUACUCAUCUCCUUCCAAACUCCCUCCAAAAGACAUUAAGGACAGCUACAGCCUCCAGGAGUAUGUUUAA